GCUCUCAGCACAAGACGAGCGGCCGCUCAGGAUGUGCCGUCUUAAUGCACCUUCACAAGCGCGUCGUGGCCGCCUCCAAAACCAGCCGAGAUGUCAUUUUUCAUCAGCUCUCUCUCUGUGUCGGCGAGUUGAUGGACAAUUUGCGGGAGGAGCGCGCUGAAAUCAGAAGGCGCUGAAAACAAACAAGUGAGCAAACAGUUAAUCAAAACUACUGUCACACAGUAAUCCCAUGCAUGUCUUCGGACUGGUCAGGUAUGGGCGUUGUCUUUGCUGACAUGCCUCAUGCUUGGCCACUAAUUAAUCAGUUCAGGAUCAACUGUCAGACAUUAAUCUUUCUGCGUCUCCGCCACCUUAUUGGCUAGCUGUCAUUCACCCUCUCUCUCUCUCUCUCUCUCUCUCUCCGUGUCUGGCUCCCUCCCUCCCUACCUCUCCUCUCCUUCUUUCUCCCUUUUUUUAUUUAUUUAUUUAUUUUUAUUUUUUUAAACUGCAGCUCACUCAAAGUGGAGACGCACACAAGGAAGGUCCCCUCUUCAUAUUCCUCUUACGCAUUGAGAAACGUCAACACUGUGCAGGCAUACACGGCACUCUUCUUCCAAUGGAGGGUAAUCACAGCGGCUCGACUGGAAGCACACACGUGUCUGGAGAACAGGCGGAAGGGCACGUUUACGAAGUCGCGGUACAGAGCAACUCCACCAACCGCAGCUCCCAGUUCGCGGACGUGGCCUUGCUGCAGACUUUCAAGCCCCUCAUCAUCCCAUGUUACGCGCUUGUGGUGGUGGUUGGCGUCCUAGGAAACUACCUGCUCCUCUACGUCAUCUGCCGAACCCGCAAGAUGCACAACGUCACCAACUUCUUCAUCGGAAACCUGGCCUUCUCUGACAUGCUCAUGUGCGUGACCUGCGUCCCCUUCACUCUCGCCUACGCCUUCAACCCACACGGCUGGGUGUUCGGUCGCUCCAUGUGCUACCUGGUGUUCCUCAUCCAGCCUGUCACAGUCUAUGUGUCGGUCUUCACCCUCACCGCUAUCGCUGUGGACAGGUACUAUGCAACUGUUCAUCCCCUGAAGAAGCGCACCACCGUGGGCACCUGCGCCUCCGUCCUCAUUGGGAUCUGGCUCCUGUCCUGUGGCCUGGUGGCCCCAGCAGUGACCCACACCUACCACGUAGAGUUCAAAGAGGAAGGCUUCACUAUCUGUGAGGAGUUCUGGUUGGGUCAAGAGAAAGAGAGGCUCGCUUACGCGUACAGCACCCUCCUGGUCACUUACGUCCUGCCGCUGUCAGCCGUCUUUGUCUCUUACCUCUGCAUCACGGUCAAACUGAAGAAGUGCGUCGCCCCCGGCCACAGGACGCAGAACCAGACGGGUGCCCAGCAGGCUCGCAAGAGAAAGAUCUUCCGCCUGGUCGCACUCCUGGUGUCGGCCUUCGCCGCGUGCUGGCUUCCCAUUCACGUGUUCAACGUGCUGCGAGACAUUGACAUUCACCUCAUUAACAAGCGAUACUUCUUGCUCAUCCAGCUGCUGUGCCACUGGUGCGCCAUGAGCUCCUCCUGCUGUAACCCCUUCCUCUAUGCAUGGCUGCACGACCGUUUCCGCGCCGAGCUGUGGAAAAUGUUCAAGUGUCAUCACCGCAUUGGGGUACCUACCAAUCAUUGUGCCGCUAGUGUGGUCUUGUAGUUAUCUGACGAUUCCUCAGGCUUAAGCACCUACAUGGAAAUACAACCAUUUGUGAUUGAGAGGAUGUUUAUUUUCUGAACAGGAUGAUUGUCUCACAGCAAUCUCCCCUGUUGCAAUUUAACAUAACGUACAUGCAACAACGCAAAUCAAAAACGUGACACUGUGGUGCUGACAGUACAGUACAAAACAUGAGGGGUUAACUGAAACAAUCACUUGAACAAAUGAAAAAAUGGUUGAUCCUCUGGGAAGCACGAAUGUCAAGAGGUACAACUGAAGAGCCUAGUUAAGUUAAUAUAUUAAAAGUAAGCCACUACUAACAAAGGCUUACACCACUUGAAUGAAUAUCAACAGCAGCUUUUGUAACAACCAGGCCAUUGCUGUUUAAAGUAGCUCUCCCAUGGUGUGAAAAUAUAACAAUACAGUGACAUCAAAUGACAAAAUGUUUGUAAUAAUGUGAAAUUCAUUUAGAUACAAUGCAAUCUGAAGGGGGACAGCUUUAACUCUAAAAGGACCAGAAAUAGUAGCUAUAUUGUGUUUGAUAACCUCCCAAAACCCGAGCUUUUAUUUGUUUUAUUUGUUAUGUGUUAAUUUCUCCAAGGACCCAAGAAUGAUUAAAAACUAAGCAUCAUCUUUGGGCAGGAUAUUUAAUACCAGUGUCCUCAAAUGAGCACUUGCUAAUUAGCGACGCUGUAGCUUGUUACUACUGCAUUUGUUAACUUCUCUAUCAAACUAGAGAAGUUAACAAGCAUAAAUAGACAAGUUUCAACCAUAGAAAUAAAAUAAAAUAGUCUAUUGACAUUUUGCGACCACUAAAUGGUAGAGGAAGGCGCCCACUUACUGUACGAGGUCCAAACAACGUAGAAGAAGCAACCACAAACCUAAAACCUAACGUCCCCAUGUGAGGACGCAGGGUCUCAGGAGGAUAAUGUUCAGUGAAGAUGUGUCCGUUUCCAUCCAAAGUAUGCCCAUAAAUCUAACCUCUUGUGACAUUUGUACUGAGGAAACAUUAUUGUCCGUGGUUGUCUUUUGAGAAAACGUUGGUGGGGAUCAUGAAUGUGUUUGGUUACCGAUCUCCACAUUAAUGAGUCAUAAAGUUAAAAAGAAGAGACAUUUUGGUCCCGACAUCUGUAAUUAAGGAAGAUUAUUGCGUUGACACAAUCGUCCUCUCUGGACCAUGAGUAUGCCAGUUGUUUGCUGCAGUGUGUGGCUACUAGAAAUGUAGCUGUGUAGGACCUUGUGCAAAAAACUGCCCCUUGGAUGUGAGCUUGGGUGUAGGAGAAAUGUCACAGAGGGCCCAAACCACAAAGGGUUCAUCCUCUGGGAAGCACGAGUGUUCCCGGUAAAUUUCACGGCACGCAGAUCAGGCCAUUCGUUUUUCAAAAUGCUCCCUCGAGGGCCACGGCACCGGCGGCGAGUAACUUUCAUAUUGCAGUGGCGCUCGACAACAAAACGUGGGAAUGCUUUAGAAGAGAUGCAAUCUGGAGGGAGACAGCUUUAAAUGUAAAAAGGACCGAAAACGGCAUUGGAUAUGAAGAGAAAAUUAAACCAUCAGUUCAAAUUGUGUUUUGCCGGUUCCUCCCAUCAGGACGCAGAUGUUAAAACUAAUUUUGUGCAAUGUUCCUACUCGGAGCGUUGAGGAAUGAAUUAGAUUUGUGAACUCGGUCCCCGCGGCUCUAAUUUUCUUAAAGCCUGUAAUUUGAGAGUCCACACCUCAGCGUAUUGUACACGCUAUCGACAGCAUUGUAUGAUGGCUGUAUAAAAACCAUUAAAAAUGGAUGAUUGGGCUUUCUGUGUUGCUUCCUGUGAUGUGUGUCCUCCGCCGUUCCUACAGGACAAUUUGCGCAGGAUUGCUUUACCAAUUUAUAUUCAUCUCAGUACAGCCCUGAAAUAAUGCGAAUAGCCGCCUGUUUACCCUUAUGUCACAUGUACUCGUGUCAGGCUGGCUGCCUGGUGUUCACACUGAUUCCCAUUAUUUAGUUUUCAUUACAGCUGUCGCUGCCUGGUAUCUCUGCUCGCACAUUUAUCUCCCGCAAACAUUUAUCAUUUAUCACCGCUGUCACAGAGGUGAUCACACCCUCACAUCUUCCACCUCAGAUGUAAAACACAUGCUUUAAUUUUAGCUUGUUUCCCAUCAGCAGGCUCCUGUGUGCAGGGACUCGGCGACGAAUGUUGCAAUGAGUGUGUAAGUAGUGUACUCCGUCUUAAAACUGCCACAUAUUUGUUUGUAAAUGAUGUACAUUAUUUGUGGUAUGACAUGAAUGAAAAAAAAAGGAAUACUUUCACGUGUAGCAUGUGCUCUGAAUACACUGUGUAAAAUAAUGAAUAAAAACGCAUAAAUGAAACGUCCUCCCUGCUUCGGAUCAGUGUGACUGUGCUAUGACUGGGGAGGGAAUUAAAUUAUAUGCAACUUGUUCGGAGUGCAGCAGCAGAGUUGAAUUUACUAAUUAAAUAAAAAGGAGAACAAAAAGUGUAGAGUGCAACUAGGGCUGGUAAGGACACUGGAGAAAAAAAAGAAAAAAAAAAACGAUAAUUUAUUGAUCUGAUCCAAAUCAUGUCGGCUUGCUUGCCGCUCGCCAACAAUAACAUUUACAUCCUGCAGAUUAAUUAUGUAAAUUAUCCCACACUCUAACUAAUGCAAGCUGUGAAGUGAGAUCAAUUUAGCAUGAUUCUGUUUCGAUUUCAUUACAUUGCAAUCUCUGAUUGAAAAGUAAGUUUAAAGCUACCCGGACCAGCGCGCUGGAAACUUCGCUGAACUGACAACGGAGAAGUGAAGCCUUCUACACUUCUAGGAA